AUGAUGGAUGAUGAGCGCUUGAUAUCUCUUGUUGAGCCAAAUAAAGAUCUGUAUGAUAAAUUUUCGCCAGGAUACAAAUUAGCUGAUGCAAAAAGGCAAAUAUGGGCUAAAAUUGGUGAACAGCUUAAUCGGCCAGGUGAUCAUUGUGCUCAAAGGUGGCUGUCGAUUCGGGAGCGUUACAGCAGAGAACUACGCCGACUGAACGAACCAUCAAGAAGUGGGGCCAAGCGUGAGAGAGUUUGGCCGCUGAUGGAAUCGUUGCAAUUUUUAAAAAAAGUUGUAAUAUCGCGACCAUGUCGGACUUCCAAAAAUAUUUUAAACUCGCCACUGCCGUCGACUUCUCAGCGGCCGUCAUAUAAUGAGCAGCUGGUUGUGAAUGUGGCGUCACCAUCAGCUCCGUCUGAACCAGAAAAUAUACCAGUACCAUUGGAGAUCGUGUCGCCAUCAAUACUGGAGGAAUCAAAUGCCUCGAUGUUGUAUCAAUUGUCGUCACCAUCGCAAGAAUUUUCCGCUGAUUCAAACUCGACAUUGCUAUCUCUUUCAUCACAAAAUAAACGUAAAAUGCCCAGAGGAAAGGAACCAGAUCUGGAUGCAGUAUUCUUCGAAUCAGCGGAAAUGUUCAAAAAAGCGUGUAAAGCUAUUGAGGCGUCGGAAGGGGAGCAAAAUCCCACCGUGCAUGCUUUCGCAAAAAUGAUUGGGGCUACAAUUACUCAAAUGAGUGCUGCAAAGCAAUAUAUUGCUAUGGAGCGUGUAACGGCUAUUGUAAUGGCGUUACAGCGAAGGCCAGAGCCAUAAAGAAUGGA